UCUCCCUUCCAGACAGCCAGCCACAGCGCAGGUGUUGCGUUGUGUGUGUGUGUCUGCGGGAGAGACCAAACACCAACCUCCCCCCACCCCCGACCCAUCCCUCCCCGCAUCCCCACCUCGCCGCCACCGCCGCCGCACGGUCUCUUCCCCGAGAUUCGUAGGCGAUUGGAAGUGCAUGGGGAGAAAGGAUGCCAGAGUUGCGUAGUGGAGUCCGGCAAUCUCGGUUGAGGGCAAAGAAGGUUGAGGAUCUCGUUGCUCAGGACCCUGCUGACAACUUGGUUGCGGUGGCACCUACGGUGGCAGGAAGGCGUGGUAGAGGAAGGGGUGGCAGGGGUGGAGGGAGAGGAACAGCGCGGGGAAGGGGAGGAAGAGGGCGAGGUGUUCCAGUGAUUGACUUGGACCCUGACCAGCCUUGCGAGGUUCUUCCUGGAGCUGCAGUUGGUGGUCGUGCUGCAGGUGGGGCACAGCCCAUUGAAAAAUUUGCUGAUAAGGCUUUGAAGAUGGAUGGUGGGAGUGCUGAAAAGAUUGCCGGAGCUGAAGAUGAAGGGACAUCCCCUGUCCCAGAGAAGGUCCAAGUAGGCCAUUCUCCGCAAUACAAGGUAGAGAGGAAGUUGGGCAAAGGUGGUUUUGGUCAAGUUUAUGUUGGCAGAAGGAUUUCUGGGGGAACGGAACGUACUGGACCUGAUGCUUAUGAGGUUGCUUUGAAAUUUGAGCACCGCAACAGUAAGGGUUGCAAUUAUGGCCCUCCAUAUGAGUGGCAAGUUUAUAGUGCUCUGAACGGUUGUUAUGGUGUACCAUGGGUUCAUUACAAAGGCCGGCAAGGGGAUUACUAUGUUCUGGUGAUGGAUAUUCUAGGACCUAGCCUUUGGGAUGUCUGGAACUCAUUUGGGCAAACGAUGACAGCCAAUAUGGUUGCUUGCAUUGCUGUAGAGGCAAUUUCUAUACUUGAGAAACUUCAUGCAAAAGGGUUUGUUCAUGGAGAUGUCAAACCUGAGAAUUUUCUCCUUGGCCAACCUGGAUCACCUGAUGAGAAAAAACUUUUUCUGAUUGAUCUUGGGUUAGCAUCUAGAUGGAAGGAAGGAGGGCCAUCUGGGCAACAUGUUGAAUAUGAUCAGAAGCCAGAUAUUUUCAGAGGUACAAUAAGAUAUGCUAGUGUCCAUGCCCAUUUAGGCCGUACUGGUAGCAGAAGGGAUGAUCUGGAAUCUUUAGCAUAUACAUUAAUAUUUCUUCUCAGAGGAAGAUUGCCAUGGCAAGGCUAUCAGGGCGAGAACAAGAGUUUUCUUGUUUGCAAGAAGAAAAUGGCUACCUCUCCAGAUCUAUUGUGCUGUUUUUGCCCACCUCCAUUCAAACUCUUCCUGGAGACCGUGACAAACAUGAGAUUUGAUGAAGAACCAAAUUACUCAAAGCUUAUUUCCCUUUUUGAUGAAUUAAUUGAGCCCCAGCAUUUGAGGCCUAUUAGAAUAGAUGGUGCAUUGAAGGCUGGACAAAAACGUGGAAGGUUGCUUGUAAAUUUAGAAGAAGAUGAGCAACCGAAGAAGAAAGUUAGACUUGGAAGCCCAGCAAAUCAGUGGAUUUCAGUUUAUAACGCUAGAAGGCCCAUGAAGCAGAGAUACCAUUACAAUGUAGCAGAUGCCAGACUUCAUCAACACAUAGAGAAGGGUAAUGAAGAUGGAUUGUUCAUUAGUUCAGUAGCAUCUUCAGCGAAUCUUUGGGCCCUUAUUAUGGACGCAGGAACUGGUUUCACAUCCCAAGUCUAUGAACUUUCACCCAUAUUCCUUCAUAAGGAUUGGAUUAUGGAGCAAUGGGAAAAUAACUACUACAUCAGUGCCAUAGCUGGUGCAACGAAUGGGAGUUCCUUGGUAGUCAUGUCAAAAGGAACUCCAUACACUCAACAAUCUUACAAAGUUAGUGAAUCAUUCCCCUACAAGUGGAUCAAUAAGAAAUGGAAAGAAGGUUUUCAUGUUACAUCAAUGACAACUGCAGGGAGCCGCUGGGGUGUAGUUAUGUCAAGGAACUCUGGAUAUUCUGAACAGGUAGUAGAAUUGGAUUUUCUUUAUCCUAGUGAAGGUAUCCACCGACGAUGGGAGAACGGAUAUAGAAUAACUUCUACAGCAGCCACUGGUGAUCAAGCUGCUUUUAUAUUGAGUAUACCCAAAAGAAAGUUGAUGGACGAGACACAAGAAACCCUUAGAACAUCUGCUUUUCCAAGCAACCAUGUGAAGGAGAAAUGGGCCAAGAAUCUUUAUAUUGCUUCAAUAUGCUUCGGCCGGACAGUGUCAUGAGGCUUGCUUGGCACUGCAUCCCAAAUCGGGAGAGAACAUAUUCGAAUGAGUAGAUAUGGGAAAAAUCAACAACUUUUGUUGCUGCUCUCUGUUACUCUGUAUGUGUAGGUAGACAAGAUGAACCGCCUUACCAUGGCCACAGUAGGAGCUUAAGAACGAACCAGAAGGAAGGUGGAAAGCAAGCAGCCAAUAAGCAGACGAGGAGGAUGUGACCUGGCUAGUGGUGGUGCAGACGCCGAUGGCGUCAAAUGUUUUGCAUCAGCAUGUUUUGCUUCGCUCCUGACUGCUGUGCAAGAGUAGACAGCUUGUAGCCUCCUUCGGAGGCAAAGUCAAUGAGAACCCAUUGUGUAUAGCGUAUCGUGUCAUUUCAUUUUGUUUAGUGGAAGCCAAGUUCCAUGUUUCCGCUGGAAAUGCUAAGUUAUUGUGUGAGGAGAACAAGUGUACUGAUAUAAUUCAGUGUAUCGAUUCCAUUAUUCGAUAAUUCUCAUUGGAAUAAUUAAUGCAAUAAUGUUGCAUUACUAACCACCA